AUGGCUGUGUGUGUGUGUGUGUCUGUGUGUGUGUCUGUGUGUGUGUGUCUGUGUGUCUGUGUGUGUGUGUCUGGGCCUGGCGCAGGCUGCACGGUUGCUGGUGGUUUCUGUGUACCUGCGAGCGUGUGCCUGUUUGUCCCGUGGAGUCAGCGCUGUUCUGUGCCUGCAAGGUGUACGGUUAAGCUGGAGAUUGCCCAGGUUGGGGCCAAGUACCAGGAAGCGCAAGGCCCGGGCCUCCUCCUGGUCGUCCUUUUUGCCCCGGUGCGUGCAAACCCGCCUGCCAACGUGACCUGGAUCGACCAGGAUGGGCCGGAGACUGUCAACGCCUCUGGCUUCCUGGUGCCGGAUGCCCAGAACUACCCCUGGCUCACCAGACACACCGCGCAGCUGCAGCUCCGCGGCCUGCCACGCAACCUCUCCGUGGUGGCCACCGACGAUGUGGGUGUCGCCAGCGCCUCGCUUCCGGCCGCAGGCCCCUCCCAGAGCCCAUCCCUGAUCCCUAGUGACUCCAACAACCUGACACUCAACAACGUGCGCCUGCCGCGGGGGAACAUGUCCCUCCCGUCCCACCUGCAGCUCAGCGACCUCACUCCGGACUCCAGGGAACCAGCGGACCAGCAGACAGCUCAGGACAACAGCCAGCCAGAGCUUCUGGAUCCGGAGCCCGGAGGCCUCCUCACCAGCCGAGGUUUCAUCCGUCUCCCGAUGCUGGGCUACAUUUAUCGGGUGUCCAGUGUGGGCAGUGAUGAGAUCUGGCUCUGA